AGGGAACUGAGAGGCAGGGAGGGGGAGGCGGCCCUUGGGCUGCAGCUCGCUCCCAGAGGCUGUUUCGAUCAGCUCUUGAAGGGACUGAGGGAGAGGCAGUGGCGGAGUAGGAUGCUCUGCGGGGCGCCCUGAAAGGGUGGGGGUUCGCGAAGGAGUUUUAGGGGCCCGGGGGAGCCCGGCAGCCCGCACCAUGCAUCAGUCCCUGACUCAGCACCGGUCCAGCGACAUGUCCCUGCCCGAUUCCAUGGGAGCCUUCAACCGAAGGAAGCGAAACUCCAUCUAUGUCACUGUGACGUUGCUCAUUGUGUCCGUGUUGAUCCUCACGGUGGGCCUUGCUGCCACUACCAGGACCCAGAAUGUGACGGUCGGAGGUUAUUACCCAGGAGUUAUUCUCGGCUUUGGAUCCUUCCUGGGAAUCAUCGGCUCUAAUCUUGUUGAGAACAAAAGACAGAUGCUGGUGGCUUCUAUCGUCUUUAUCAGCUUUGGUGUGAUUGCAGCUUUUUGUUGUGCCAUCGUCGACGGGGUCUUUGCUGCCAGACACAUCGAUCUGAAGCCACUCUAUGCUAACCGGUGCCACUAUGUCCCCAAAACAUCCCAGAAGGAAGCUGAAGAGGUCAUAAGUUCCUCAACCAAAAUUUCUCCUUCCACGAGGGUUAUGAGGAACCUUACCCAGGCAACUAGAGAGGUGAACUGCCCUCACCUCAGCCGAGGAUUCUGUACUCCUCGCAUCCGAGGCAACACCUGCUUCUGCUGUGACCUCUAUAACUGUGGCAACCGAGUGGAAAUCACUGGUGGGUACUACGAGUACAUCGACGUCAGCAGCUGCCAGGACAUCAUCCACCUGUACCACCUGCUCUGGUCUGCCACCAUCCUGAACAUUGUCGGCCUGUUCCUGGGCAUCAUCACUGCCGCUGUGCUCGGAGGCUUUAAGGACAUGAACCCAACUCUCCCGGCACUGAACUGUUCCGUUGAAAAUGCCCAUCCAACUGUUUCUUAUUAUGCUCGUCCCCAAGUGGCAUCCUACAAUACCUACUACCAUAGCCCUCCUCACCUGCCACCAUAUUCUGCUUAUGAUUUUCAGCAUUCCAGUGUCUUCCCAUCCUCCCCUCCCUCUGGACUUUCUGACGAGCCCCAGUCUGCCUCUCCCUCACCCAGCUACAUGUGGUCCUCGAGUGCGCCACCCCGUUACUCUCCACCCUACUACCCGCCUUUUGAGAAGCCACCUCCUUAUAGUCCCUAAAGAGGAACAUCUGCUGGCUAUUGAGAUUAUUGUGGCUUUUGUAUUUCUGCUUUAGUGGAAGUGUAUAGGGUACAAAUUUUCCAAUCUGACUCAUACAUUGUUUCAAAUUUUACAAUGGCCUGCCAGGAUAGGGAAAGAUUGAGAUGGAGCUUCUUUGGCAUCAGUACAGAGCAAGGGGAGUUGGGGGGCUGGUGUUUGAGGGUGGUGGUGGUUAGGCUGAACCCAGGGCUUCUGGUAAGGGUGGUUCACACUAAGCAAGGCUGGGGAGCCAGCUUAGCAUAUUUAGACCUGUGCUACCCAUCGGUUCCACCUCUGGAGUUAGCAGAAGAGAGCAGUCAUCGGUUUCACUUCAUGGGAACAGAGUGUUGUCCUCAUAUCCCUGGCCAAUUGCCACCCUAGCCCCUUGGUUAAAGGACCUGGCUCAUAGGCCCUCUCUUUCGCUACGACUAAAGUCAGUCUCCAAGGACAAUGGCCCAGCUGGCGGGUCUGCACCAUUGUUCCAGUACAGAGAGAGUUCUGGUAAAGAUUUUCUUUGCUUGUGUCUGGAUGCUGGCAAAAGCUGCCUGUAUCUCUUAUUCCUUUCUUCUCUGUGAAUAUUGUCAAAAUGGCUGUUGUGAUCAUUUAGCUCCCCUUGUGUUACUGGGACCUCCACAAUGGAAAAGUGCAAUAUUCCCUCAUCAUGAGUUGUGGGGAACAGGAUGGAUCAUUCCAAAAGGACUGAAAUACCCAGAGCAAACAUGUGAGAUGUUUAAAAUGAAUCCGUCCAUUGGGAAAGUGACUGUACUCCAUGUCUCAUGAGGACAAAACACACUUGCUACAGGAGUGAGACAUCUUAUAACGGUUGAAAUUCAGCAUUACAAGACAAAAAAAGCUAGAUGAGGUUCUUGGGUCAUGAUAUGAAUUGUUAUUAAUCUUUGUGACUAUUUAAUCUUCAACUAUUGUGCUUCUACCCCAGCAAACAGCACGUAUCCUGCACCCUAGCCCUAAAGAAUCAUUUGUAUUUUACGGCCACUUGCUCUUACUGGUCCCCCUUGUUUUCUGGCUGAGACCAUUCAGGACAGUAUUCAAGUCAAGGUUAUGAAAGUUUUACAAUGCUGCUUCUUAAGUGUUACUGUAGACUUUAGAAAUCCAUCUGGCACAUUGUGCUAUUUUGUCCAGGUCCUUUUAAUGACAUGUAGCUUUAAACCAUCGACCGGACGGAAUCCCAAACACUUGGGCAUCCAUGCCUUCACUUCCGAAUGAACACUUGCAUCGGCAUUCUUUAGUCAGUCUGAGAAGUGCUUGAUUUAAAGGAAGAUGGAUAAUCCUACACUUGCAUAAUGUACAAAUACAGGGGCUACAGGAGGGGACCGGACAAAUAGUUCUGCACCCACAGAACACGUACUGGGAAACUUUUCGCCCAUUUCGCUAUCUUCCACCUUGGUGGAGUAGAGGUAGCAGUCAAAAUGCUGGUGCUCGCAUCUACCUUGUAGACACCCAGUCAUCGAGAAUCAAGGCACAACAAGUGCGCUUAUCACUCACCACAGAUCUUUGCAGACAGAACAUUCUGUUUAACUUUCAGCAUUACAAGUGUUGUCUCAUCCAGAUCUCCAUUCUGAAACCUGAUAAGCCUUUUACAUUCUACAAAAUUAUUGUUAUUUUCUACAUUUUGGAGCAUUAUUAAAUUUCGAUUGGAUUUCAAAUAGGAUGACUUGACCAAUUGAUUCUCUACAAACACCAACUUGUAAUCUCAAUGACUUUUUCUUUCUAUCUUCUUGGGGGGGGGGGGCGUUUCCAUCUUACCUUUUGCUUUAGUGAACGUGUCUUGAGUAUUUCAUUUUUUAAAAAGGCACCAUUACACAGUAUAUCCAUUUAUCACAUUUCUUAAGUGUUAAGAUUCUAUGACUCAUUUCUAUGUAUUUUUCUUACUUUACAAAAUAACUUGAAACAGUAUAGAUUUUGUAACUUAAUUUGAGCAGCUUUGUUUUGUAUUACAUUGAACUGUAUACAGUGCAUGUCACUUUAGGAAAAUUAAUAUUUGCUGCUUUACUUUUUUGCAAAAUAUUUGCUGUAAUGAAGGAAUUUCUAUUUCCACUAUGUAUCUUGAUUGCAUUUUGUAAUAUUUACUGCUUUGUUCCUAAUUCUGCUUUGAAAGUAACAAACUGGGCAUGAAACAUUAAAAUAUUAACCCAGAAUCUAUCAGCUGGAUGUUGCUUAAAACCUGUACCACUGCCACGUUUGAAACCCAGAAUGCUUUUGUGUUUUAAAUUAAUAAAACUAUUCUCCUUAUCCA